AUGCGAUCCUUCUGGUUUCUACUCUUGGGGUUGACAUGGAACCACCUGGUGUCGGGGACGGUGAAGGUACUGGUCCUUCAAGAGGACGGAGUGUUGAGCGAGUCCUCAUGGGCUCGUAGUACGCGCACAACCCCUCCCACACCCUCCGCCACCGCCUGCCUCAGGUUCAGGGUAUACUUCUUCAGGCCUCUCACCCAUGUCUUCUCCGUAGUCUCCCGCCAAGAGACCAGGGAGAUCAAUGGAGAAAUCUUUGUGGACUAUGUGCGUCCCAUAGUGUCAGCCGCUUUCUACUUUCUGGGCAUCUCUGAGCCACUACAGGUACUCAAAUGGUACCACUAUUGCCUCACAUACAACCAUACCGUCGCCCAAAUAGCUGCUUACCUCGACGGCCAGCUGCAAGGAGUCAUCACCAGGAACAUCACUAGGUGGUUUGGAGAAGCCACCAUGGUGUUAGGCCAGUACAGUAUUGACUUUCUUAGCGGAUACACCAAGACUCGAAGCUUUAGCGGACAAUUAACACAAGCUGGGGUUUGGAGUCGGUGUCUCUCUCAUACAGAAGUGUCUCAGCUGGCUUCUUGCGGGCCAGAUCCCCCGGGAAUUGCCAUUCCCUGGAACCACGAGUGGAUCCUCAACAACGCCACCUUCGUUGAGGUUCCAGAGAACGAGGUAUGUGAGAAGAAGAGCAAAUCGUCUUACAUAAAAUUUUUGCCUAUGACCUACGAAAAUGCCAGAAGAGCAUGUACAGGGCUUGGUGGUUACCUGCCAGUACCUCAGUCUCUUGAACAUGCUAACGAGUUGAUAAGAAUCAUGUUAGAACCUCCGAAGAUCACAAUUAUUUGGAUAGGGGCAACGGACGAACAGGAGGAAGGCGUCUACACCAACGUCCACACUGGAGAGGAACUCCAGUGGUUCAAGUGGGGCAGUAACGACCCCAAUGGACUUAAAUGGCAAAAUUGUCUUGAGUUAGACACGGAUUUCAUGCACGAUUACCCAUGCCACGUCACCCUAGAAGCCAUGUGUUUUCUUGAAUCCCAAAGGGAAUGGAAGCUCCGAGGCCCAUGUGAGGAGGACACGGCUAACUACAAGUACAGUCUGUUGCACCCGGCUCAGGGCGUGGUUGUCUUCCGGGGUUACUAUCAGUACGAGAUCGUUGAGGAGAAAGAGUUUUGGAUCUGGAGAAAUGUUAUUACAAACAAAGUCGUUGCUCGAUUGCCCUUCCACGAGUCCCGAUGGCCUAUGGGGCGUCGGAACUGGACAAUGGAGAGCGAAGUCUGUGAGAGGAAAGGAACACAAGUACUUCAGCUCAGUUCUUGCAUGAACAGCGAGUUCACUUGUAAGGAUGGUUCAUGUAUUCCACGACUUCAGCGCUGCGACCGUCGACCUGACUGUCAAGACGAGAGCGACGAGCAAGAGUGUCUGCUGGUGGAACGACCACUUGGCUACCACCACAAUCUGCCGCCUCCCAGUAGAGUCUCUGGGACUCCCCUGCCUGUGAGUCUGAAAUUAAAGCUGGUAAGCUUAUCCUUAAGUGACAGGGAUAGUUACCUGGAGGUCACCUACCACCUCAACCUCACCUGGUGGGACCUACGACUCCGCUUCAAUAAUCUCAAAAAUGCUUCACGUCUCAAUCAGGUUCCGGUGACGGAGCAUGGGAGGUUAUGGACGCCAUCUUUAACAUUGGUCAACGUGCGAGGGACUGAGAGGACGCUAAUGGACGACGAGGCUGUCAUCACCGUUCACCGCCAGGGACACCCUCUAGCUGAUGACUUAUCCGUGCCUGAGGACGUGAACGUGUACUUGGGGUUCGAGAACCCGCUGAGUAUGGAACGUAAAUAUACAUCUCAGUUCCUGUGCGACCUCAACCUACAUCUGUAUCCUUUCGACGAGCAGCGCUGCUUCAUGCAUUUUGAGGCGCUCUCCGCCGCUACCGACUUCCUGGUGCUGGAGAAGAGCACUUCAGUGGUUGUGUAUGUCGGAGCCGAGCUGCUUAUUGAGUACACGGUAGUGAGUGUGGUCCUACAACUGGACAACAACCAGACAAUGGCCAAGGCUUUAGUGGAGGUGGUGUUGCAGCGAAGAAUAGGAUACCCAAUCAUCUCUAUCUACGUCCCCACCGUCAUCCUUCUCAUUCUGGCGUACCUUUCCCUCAUUUUCCGGAGGGAUGACUUCGAGACGAGAGUGGCGUCGGCGCUGACUGUCCUGCUAGUGCUGGCGUCUCUCUUCACUCAGACAUCUACAUCCCUGCCCAAAACGUCUUACUUCAAGAUGGUGGCGUGUGGCUUCUCUUCAGCAUCUCUCAAUCUUCUUUGUCAUCGUCUCCAUAUCGUAAUUGAUAUGGCUUACGAAGGCAAGCUCGUCGGCUCCUCCUCCAAUACAUCGCCUCACCCCACCAAGAUAACUUCCCUUAGUGUGGAUACCAAAAGAGAGACGGUGACCCACGGGGUGACCCACGGGAUGUCGCUUCCUGGUAGGGUAGCUGCCACUGCUAAGCCCAGUUGGUUUCGCCCCUUGGAUGGCGAGACAACAGUGGAGAGGAACAAGAGACUCUUGAUAAUUUUCAUACAACCCGCUGUUUUUGGGAUCCCAUGUUACUUCACUGCUUUCAAUUUUGUCUACUGGAUUUACAUUUUAGCUUGA